AUGGCUGAUUUCCUCGUUGUUAGGGAUGACCUCAUCAUUAGUGUUGGCUUCGUCAAGGAGAUUUUCCUCUCAUUUCUUUUUCCACCACAAUUUGUUUCUUGCUCACACUUACAUAUCUCGAUGCUCACACUCAUACCUACCCUUUCCCUCUUCUGCUUAGUCUUCCUUUUUUAUCAUAUCAAACUUGCUUCUUUCACAGCUCCUCGUUAUGUCCCCGUUGAUGAUAUUACCCUCAAUUGUGGCAGUGCCACUUCAAACAUUUUGAAGGAUAUGUAUGAGCGAGACUGGAGUAGAGACUUUCAACCCUCCAAGUUCUUUCCCAAAGACGAACAUAAUCUGAAAUCUAAUACCUCUCACGCUCCAAGAGAAGGCACCAUAACAAAAGCUCCCUACAAGACAGCACGUAUAUCUUAUUCUCAAUUCACCUACGUAUUUCCACUCCCCGCUGGCCCGAAAUUCGUUCGGUUGCACUUUAACCCGGUUUCUUACUAUGGUUAUGAGGGGUCUAAGGCCUUUUUCAUUGUCAAAGCAGGCUCGUUCACCUUGCUUAGAAACUUCACUACUGCCGUUAUUCUUGCUGAUUCUUUGCAAAACUUGAUUGUAAAAGAGUUCUGCAUCAACGUUGCAGCAAAUCAAAAUUUGAAUCUAACCUUCAUCUCUUUUCCAACUACUUUGAUUAAUUUCUAUGCUUUCAUUAAUGGAAUUGAGAUUGUGUCCAUGCCUGAAAACCUGUAUUACAGUCCAAAAGGUGCACCCAUAAACCCACUUUAUGUAGGCCAAAGUCCUACGUUCUACAUAAGCAACAACAUGGCACUCGAGAUGGUUUAUCGAUUAAACGUGGGUGGGAACUUGAUAUCACCAACGGAAGACACUGGCUUAUUUAGAAAAUGGUCCCCGGAUAUAAAGUACUUCAAAAGUUCAGGCUUAACUAUUCAUAAUGCAUCUUUCAUACCCAACUACUCUAAAAUAUCAAAUUACACAGCACCAGAUGAUGUAUAUCGGUCUGCAAGGACAAUGGGCUUAGAUAGCAACAAGAACAAGAUGUCUAAUUUGACGUGGGAAUUACCAGUUGAUUCGGGAUUUCAUUACCUGGUGAGGCUCCAUUUCUGUGAAAUAGACAAACUUAUAUACUUCGUUGGCCAAAGAUGGUUCAUCAUAUAUAUAGACUAUCUGUUAGCCAAAUUAGGUGCUGAUGUAAUAUUGUGGACUGAUGAACGCGUUACGCCUUUUUACAAGGACUAUGUGGUAAAAAUCCAAAACAAGGGUGUUAAGGACAACAACCAUGUUCUCUCCAUUGAUCUACACCUUGAUACAGGAGCUACUUCUGAUGAUGCAGUUUUAAACGGUGUGGAAGUGUUCAAACUGAGCAACUCAGAUGGUAACCUCGCAGGACCUAGUCAAAUGCUGCCCUCUCUACCUGCUAUCUCUACAACCAAGGAGUCCAAAACAAAGAAAACAGUAUUCAUUGCAAUUGGAAGUGGUGUGGGGAUCUUAGUGAUCUUACUCGAGUUGAUGUGUUGCAUGGUUCUCUUGAAACUAAGGAAGUCCGGGCACUAUGUUUAUUAUUAUCAACUAUCAAAGUGCUGUUGCUGGCAUGAUCCAUACAAAGGAAAAUCAACAAGGAAGAAGGCUUCAUCAUUACCAGAAGAACUAUGCCGCCGGUUCUCAAUAGACCAAAUCAAAAUAGCGACUGAUAACUUCCACCAAGAACUGAUUAUCGGCCGAGGUGGUUUUGGGUAUGUAUAUAAGGGUUUCAACGACGAGAGUAUGAUUGUGGCAAUCAAGCACUUGAACCCUGAUUCUCGACAAGGUGCUCGGGAGUUCAGGACUGAGAUCGAGAUGCUUUCUCAACUUCGCCAUGGCCACCUUGUCUCUCUUAUUGGAUAUUGCAAUGAUGACGGUGAGAUGAUUCUCAUCUACGAAUACAUGACAAAUGGUACCCUCAGUGACCAUCUAUUUGACACCAAAAACGAUCCUCUCACGUGGAAACAAAGACUUGAGAUAUGCAUUGGGUCCACAUGUGGUUUGCACUACCUCCACACUUGCAUGAAACAACCUAUCAUUCACCGCGAUGUGAAGGCCACCAAUAUUCUAUUGGAUGAAAAAUGGGGGGCUAAAGUUUCAGAUUUUGGAUUGUCCAAAAUGGGUUUGGAUCAAGCUGCUGUUACCACCAAUGUUAAGGGUACACUGGGAUAUUUGGAUCCCGAUUAUGCAAGGCGUCUGCAAAUGAAUGAGAAAACCGAUGUGUACUCGUUUGGUGUGGUGUUGUUGGAAGUGUUAUGUGACCGAAAGGCAGUGAAUUCAUGUGACUCAAGUUUGUUGGUCUAUCACUUUUUGCUUUCCAGUUCAUGUUUGAGUAUUUUACUUAUCUUUAUUCUGUAUCAUGGGUGGGGGUUGUGA